UGCUAGUGAGUACACUACACUCCGUUACACAUCUCAAAUUAUAGUGUAUUGACUCACAAGGCAGUAGAGCAUAAGCUUGUUGCACUCUCGACAAAGAAAAACAACACUGCAAUCUCCUGCUUCCAAUCUGUACAAUGUCUGGUAGAGGAGGGCGAGGGGGUGAUCGCGGCGGUCGCGGCGGUGGAGGUUACCGCGGUGGACGGGGUGGUGGUGGUGACCGGGGUGGCCGUGGAGGCUACAGUGACCGGGGCAGAGGUGGUGGUGGUGGUUACAGUGACCGUGGCAGAGGGGGUGGUGGGGGUAGGGGUGGGGGUGGGUUUGCACCCCGGGCCAUUCAGGACCCCAAUGACAAGAUUUUCCGAAGCAAUCUGCAGUCUGGUAUGAGACAGCACGGCAGCGCUAUCAACAGUGCGGUGCAGGCGGCGUUGACUAAGCCAGGAAGACCCAGUGUUGGAGUACCCAAGGCGCCUUCUGGUCCCUCCAAAUGCAUGGUACCCCUUGGAAAGUUAGUGCCCGGCAUGAAGGUUAUAUCUAAUAUAUACCGAAUGAAGGUGCAGGAGGCGUGUGUCUACCAGAAUGCUGUACACUUCAGCGAGUGCUACAGCGACAAUAUGGAGAAAUUGACUGAGAUUGAUCUCAACUCUACCUCCGAUAUUCCAUUCAAUCGUCUUGUGAUGGAGGCUGUGUCGGAGAAGGAGAAGGACUUCCCUUUGUUCGUGUAUGACGGUCGCUCUACCCUCUAUUCACUUGCUAAGCUGCCCGCGGAAGGUGUUACCACAGUAGUUGAUCACCCCAACAAACGUCCGGGUGUCUGUUUCUUAAAGAUCCAAAUCAACCCAACCGGAAAAUACAUGUCUUUCCCGCUGAAAAUGGACUCUCCCCUAGAGCCAUCCGAGGACUCGAGUGCCAUGGAUGUGAUCAUGCGUGCGCCCAUGCUCGAGCUGGCACGACGCAACAAGUGGAUUGUCUCCAACGCGACUCUUUUGUCUCCAGAAUGGACGGACCAGCGCCAUAUCGGGGGCGGCUACUUUGCUCUGUACGGUAUCACAUCGACUGUGCGUAUAUGUCUGGCCGGAGAAUGCAUCAAUGUGGAUGCUGUGGUGGCCGCUUCACCUCAGCCUGGACCAGUCCUGAACUACCUGCAGCGCGCAACAAACUGUCGCAGUCUCGACGAGCUUGCCCGUGGCUUGGCUGAUGGGCGCUCGCCCGUAUUCCGCAUGGCCGAUGAAAGCAUCAAGGGUAUACAGUUCGGUACCGAACAUUUGGGAUACAGCCGCAAGUACAAGGCCAAAGGUCUGUCUACCAAGUCUGCGGCGGACCACACCUUCGACUGGGAACAGCCUAACGGCGAGACGAAGAAGAUCAGCACGGCUCAGUAUUUCAAGGAGGCAUACAAAGUCGUACUCAAGCAAAGCCGUCUGCCGUGUAUCGUCGUAGGGUCCAAGGCCAAACCCAUCCUAAUCCCCAUUGAGAUGUGCUCCAUUCCCCAAGGACAAGUACGCCGAGCCCUGAACCCCGAUCAGACCGCUUCUGUGCUCGUGCACGCGGCUGUACCGGCGGCUAUGCGAUAUCAGCGUAUCGCGGAUAAUGUCAAGUUGCUGGCCGACGAGGUUAAUAAAAACAACGCUAUGUGCAAGAAGUUGGGGUUGACCAUCGCGCCGGCACCGGUUGUAUGCGAGAAGAGUGCGGGCAUCCUGCCCUCACCCACGCUGCAGUUCGGCGGCAACAGAGGCAAUGUCACCGUAGUAUCGCUACAGAAGAGACACAAGGUGCGCCUGUUCCUGCAGGAUAAGCAAGGAGUCAUCGCUAACACCAUCCCCGGCGUGGUGGUUGACGGCGACAUCACUCGGCCCGGCAUGGACAACUUCUUCCUGAACUCCCAUGUGGCGUUGCAGGGUACAGCGAAAUCCACGCACGUGGCCGUGUUGCACGACGAAAUCGGCAUCUCGUCUGAGACCAUGCGCCUGCUGGCGUACUACGAGUGCUAUGCCUUCCAGCGCUCUACCACAUCCAUCUCACACGCCGCUUCAGCACGUCUGGCUCAUUUGGCUGCGUUCCGUGGCCAAGUGCUGCGUAGUGCAGGUGCCAGUGCCAGUGAUAUCAAGAAUCUGGGCCCUGGAUUGAAUCCCUUGUUCUUCCUGUAGAUGCAUUUACCGUGUUUAGAUAAGCGGGGUGUUGCGUGCGAACGAACCGAAUGUCAGGACAUAUUUAUUGGCCAAUUGACAGGACGGAAGGCGUAUGCAUGGUAUAGUCUUCAAUAGAUAGGAGUUUACUACUUGGCGUGCGGCAAAUGAUGCCCAAAAUGUUAUGUAAAUGACCGAUGUGCGCAAUCCCGGACUGAAUUUUCGAGCAGACUGACAGUGUCCCAUUCUGCGUGUCGGGGGGGGGGGCUUCGCGAGACCCGCUACAGGGGGGUUCAUAAGAGAACUUUCGGGAACUCGGUGGAUGCUUGCGGCGAACUGUCGAUACACAAGCGAACACCCCUGAAUGACUAUAAAGUGACGACUAAAACCUAUAUAUCAAAUACCGUUGGUAUGCCCGAGUCCCUCGGGCCAGUAAGUAUGCCAAUCGGACCGUUGCAUGACAAGCAGGAAAAAAAUUAUGAAAACAAAGAAAAAAAACUACAUAAAUACACAUGUCUCUGCUCGUUCGGGGGCCGGUAUGCUACACGGAACGUGAGAGACCCCUCGGAACUGGCAUAGACUUGUGUAUAAAAGAAUCGCAGUUGCAAGUACGAUGUUCAAAUACCUGGCCUACCUGACUUAUUUCAGUAAAUAUUGUUCAGUCGAACGUUCACUAUCCG